AUGCCGAGACCUACGGGAGAAGACGUCGAUGCGGAACAACCACUGCCUGUCCUGCCUGAAGAACUCAUCCUCGAAAUUCUUCGGAAGUUGCUUAUCGAAUCUCUCUUAAAUUUCAGGUGUGUCUGUAAGAAUUGGAACAUCAUAUUCAGAAACCCUAACUUUAUCAAUAAUAAGUUCAGUUUCCUUUUAAAAUAUGACAAGAAGCUAGACUCUUUAGAUUAUAAUUCAUCAGCAUCGUUAUCAGAUACUGAUAAUCCUCCUAUUAAGGAAAUUCGUUAUCCACUCCAGUGUAUGAUAGAAAAAUUAGCAGUAUUGGGUUCUUGCAAUGGAUUGCAUAUUCCUUAUGUAAUUUCUAUUGGAUCAAGUGUAUCAGCACCAUGGGUGUUGUGUAAUGGAGAUCUUCAUUGGAUUGGUAAAUCUUAUUCAGGAAACAGACCCAAAGUUUUAAUUGCUCUGGAUGUUGGAAAUGAGACUGUUCAAGAGAUCCCACAACCAGAAAAUUUGGAUGUUGAAAACUUUGGUGGUUAUAGAUAUGUCAAUGUGUUGGAUAAGUGCCUAUGCAUGCUUUGUAGUAGUCAUAUGGAUGAUGAAGGAUCAUGGAGUGAGAGAAUCCUGGAUGAAGCUCUAUAA